GUCUGUAACGCAUUUGAAAUCCGGUCCCCGCUGCUUGAUCCGGCGGGGCUGGGACAUCACACGGCAGGCUGCGGCGGGACUGGCCCGGGCGUCACCCAAUGCAAUGAUUCAAAGUCUUCAGGAUGAGUUUGAGACCAGCGUGGAAAAUGCUGAAGCCUGGAUGAAAGCUGUCCACAAGUGUCUCGAGGACAAUGACAACACCCAUGGGCCCAGAGCGGCCCUGGAAUCCAGGCUCAGGGAGACAGAGAAAAUCUGCUCCCGGGAACCCGAGGGAAGGUUACUGCUGGACAUGGUCCUUGUGAAAGCUGAAGCUUUGCUUAACAACGAGAGCAGCCAGAAGGAUAAAUACGAGACCCACGUCAAGCUGGGAACCAUCAAAUCCAUGUUUGAGGAAACCAUGAUGUAUAUGACUCACUGCCACAGCCGCAUCGAAUGGGUCUGGCUGCACUGGAACGAGUAUCUGAAAGCCCAAGACGACUUUACCGUGUGGAUCCAUAACAUGACCCUGACUUUGGAACCAGACAUGGAGCUUCAGUUGGGCCUGAAGGAGAAGCGCUGGCAGCUCGAACAAUCCGAGGUCCUGCUGAAGGACGUCAACAACCAGUCAAGGCUACUGAACCAUCUACUGGAAGAGGCAGCCUCGCUGUAUAACCGGCUCGGGGAUCCCAGCGUGGACGAGAGCGUUCAGAACGGAAUGAUUGCCGACUACAAGAAGAUCAAGAAGAAAGCACAGGAGAGAACAGCUCUUCUUGAAACGAUCACCAAAGAGCAUGAGGCGUACGCGCAGGAUAUCGACCACUUCCGAUUAUGGCUGAACGAGGUGAUAGAGAAACUCAAGCGCUGUGUCGGAGGACCCUCGGAAUCUAAAGAGGACACGCUCCGCGUUCUGCAGGAGAUCAGUCAGGAUGUUAAAAGUGGUGAGAAGCGACUGGAAGUCCUGGAAGUGAAGUCGGCUAAAGUAAUAAAAAACACAUCCCCGCUUGGAGCAGAGGAGCUCUGCAAGGAGCUGGAGGAGCUGCGCAGAGCCCUGGCGGAGCUUAAACUCAUGAACGAUGACGAGGAAGAGAACUUGGUGAAAUCACUCAACUCCGAGAGCGCCUUCUUAAUUCUGUCCAAGCAACUGGAGGCCAACGUUACGGAGUUUAAGAAGACGGUGCAGAGGCUGGAGGGGAAUCUGGAAAGCGAGGAACGAGGCGGCGGCCACGAGGGGCUGAUUUCUAGGUGGAGGACGCUUAAUGUAACUCAGUCAGCUCUUGGAGCAGAAGAACCAAAAGCAGAACAGAUCAGGGUUCAGCUGAAGGACCUAUUUAAAUUCUCCAAGGAUGUCCAACCACUCUCAGACACGGUGAUUGGCGUAACUCGAGACUACCAGCGAGCUAAAAACAAAGCCUUCAGGUUGUGUACGGAGACAGAAUCGGAGCUGAGACAGCUUUUCCAGAACCCGCUGCGGGAAUUCCAGCUUUGGAAGCCCAUAACCGAGAGAGUGUUAAACUCGACUCUGGACAGCAGACUGACGAGCGACGGUUUGCUUCAGAUAGAGACCCUGCUAGAAGAGAGCGCCAGUCUUAAAGAUAAGCUUUCAGAACUGGAGCGGAAGAAGGACCAUAUCAUCAGCGUGCUCGGGGAAGAGAAGGCCGACUCUCUACUCGAAGAAGCCGCCACAGCUGAGAAAGAAAGGGCAUCUCUCCACGAAGACCUCCUCGAGAGAACCAACUCUUUACAGAAAGCAGCUUCUCGGAGCAAAGAGUUUGAUGUCGCCUUUAAACUCUUGCAAAAGAGGUUGUCGGCGAUCAGAGUAAAGACGGCGAAGGAAAAAGCGUUGCAGCCAGACGUCGUGGGAAAAGAAGCGCGGUUGCAAAGGCUACAGAUGUUGCAUGAAGAAUUAAUUAACCUCCAGCCUCAGAUGGAGGAAUUAUUCUCAAUGGCUGAAUCAAAUCCAACUCGUACGAACAACAUGAGGAUGAUCUCUUCAGAAUAUGUGUUCAUGCAAAACAUUCUGGAGACGGAAAUAGCGAAAAGCAACGAAUGCCUCAAUGACCAUUACAUGCUGAACUACAAGAUUGCCGAAAUUCAGCCAAAGAUGGCGUUAGCACGGCAGGAACUGGAAUCCUAUCGGGAUGACAGCCGGGGGGAGGUCGUCACCAUUCAAGAGGAGUAUGUAGAGGUGUUGAUGAGCCAACUGGCUCUAAUGGAGGUCGAGCACCAGGAGAUCCUAGCCCUGGGGGAGCAGGUGAUGUUGAGCACAGCGAGGGAAGGAAGAUCUCACAUACAGGUUGAACUCGACGAGCUCAGUGCAUCCUUUUCAUCACUGAAAGCGCUGUUGGACACCAUGCCGAGAAAAGCCCAUGAAGGUUAUCCGUGGAUGGGAACAACACAACUUGGAGAUGACUCCACGGAGUUAGUGACAAUGCCAGGAUUUGGAGGAAAUGAAAAUGUUGGCAGAAAAGCCAAUGAAGGGUAUCAGUGGAUGGGAACAGCACAACCUGGAGAUGACUUCACAGAGCUAGUGACACUGCCAGGAUUUGGAGGACAUGAAAACGUUGGCAGGAAAGCCAAUGAAGAGUAUCCACCAAAUAGAACAGAGCAGUCUGGAGAUCAUGCUGCAAAACUAGUAACAAUCCAAGGAUAUACAGACAAUGAAAAUGCUGGCAGGUUUCCCAGCGUCGACUCUGAAGGGUUUGUAUCCAAGGGUCCCGUACCUUUAGAAAACCACGCAGCCCAGUCCAAGCAGGAGUUUGGAGAAACAGAGAGCUCUGGCAGAAUUCUGCAUGAAAAUGACCUGAAACGCACAGCUGCUUCUGGGAAGACCCCCACAAUGAAGACACAUACCAGUUCAAUCGCAGAAAAGAUUACUCAGCCGACGCCGAACGUACUUUCACAAAGGAAAAAAAGAAAGAACCAGAAGAUGAGCGCUCUCUCAGAGUCCGUGGACUUUGUGGAUUCACCGCUUGUUCCAAAAGAAGGGAACGGGAAGACAGGUGACGAGCAUGCGCUUCUGCUGAAGAAAUUCAAGAAUUGGCUCAAAUCGGAAAAUUCUAAACUGAGCUCAAUUUCUUCCAGCAAGGAGGACAUGAAAAUCCGACAGAGCAAGCUGCAGAAGCUGCAAUCCCGUGUUCCUCAGGGCCAAAGCUUGUUUGAAUCUCUGCUCCUCUUCAAAUCUUCAAUGAAUGCCCCCGAGGCCAUAAGGCUAGAAGAUCUGCGUUAUGACUGGAUGCUCUACAAGUCCAAGCUUCGGGAUUAUAAACUUAUAAGGAAUCCAUCGGUGAUAGACGCCACUUCUCAAAGUGCUAAGAAUUUGAAAAUCUCAGAAGAACCAAAAGGAAUCACAAAGAAAUCAGAUGGAUUCUGCUCCUUCUUGCAUCGGGUCUGCCGCAUGGCGCUUCCUCUGCAGCUGCUCCUUCUCCUCCUCCUCUUCCUCGUUGUAUUUUUGCUGCCGUUCAUGCAGAGGACCCAGAACUGCGCCCUUUCUAACAACUUUGCGCGCUCAUUCAGCGUGAUGCUGAAAUAUGAAGGACCCCCUCCCACCUAGUUACAGGUGAAGGGACAUCGGGAUAGUGGAA